UUCCGGGUCAACACGGUACGUUCGCAUUAGCUGCCUUUACUUGACCCAGGUGGGAAGCGAGAGUUUGGAAGAGCCUCGGCUUCGGGUGCAGUCGAAGUGCUGGGGGCCGGGGCGGCCCCGGGGGAAGCGCGAGCACCAUGGCUCGAAAUGCAGAAAAGGCCAUGACGGCCUUGGCGAGAUUUCGCCAAGCUCAACUUGAAGAAGGGAAAGUUAAGGAACGAAGACCUUUUCUUGCCUCUGAAUGUAAUGAGCUACCUAAAGCUGAGAAAUGGCGACGACAGAUUAUUGGGGAGAUCUCAAAAAAAGUGGCACAAAUUCAAAAUGCUGGUUUAGGCGAAUUCAGAAUUCGAGACCUGAAUGAUGAAAUUAAUAAACUCCUAAGAGAGAAAGGACACUGGGAGGUUCGGAUAAAGGAGCUGGGAGGUCCUGAUUAUGGAAAAGUUGGCCCUAAAAUGUUAGACCAUGAAGGGAAAGAGGUUCCAGGAAAUCGAGGUUACAAAUAUUUUGGAGCAGCUAAAGACUUACCGGGUGUCAGAGAGCUUUUUGAAAAAGAGCCCCUUCCUCCUCCAAGGAAGACUCGAGCUGAACUCAUGAAAGCUAUCGAUGCUGAAUACUAUGGUUACCGAGAUGAAGAUGAUGGCAUUUUGGAACCUUUAGAGCAGGAGCGUGAAAAGAAAGUCAUAGCAGAAGCAGUAGAAAAGUGGAAAGCUGAACGAGAGGCCCGGCUUGCACGCGGUGACAAAGAAGAGGAGGAAGAGGAAAUAAACAUCUAUGCUGUGAAUGAUGAUGAGUCCGACGAGGAGAGUGCCAAAGAGAAAGAAGGAGAAGAAGGGCAGCAGAAAUUUAUCGCUCACGUCCCAGUGCCCUCCCAGCAGGAGAUCGAGGAGGCUCUUGUACGAAGAAAGAAGAUGGAACUCCUGCAAAAGUAUGCCAGUGAAACACUCCUGGCCCAGAGUGAGGAGGCAAAGAGGCUUCUUGGAUUUUAGUAUCUUGGUGUCGCCUGGACUGGAGUUCCUCAGUGGUUCUACACACACUCACCAUCCUCCCAGUUUUGUUCACUAACAGAUACAAACUGUCACAAGAGGUUAAAGGUGGUCCUUUUCCAGUAAUUUUCCUGUUAGCUUUGGGGAUUGCUUAAUAGUAAUAUUUUUCCUUUGGUUCCAUCCUGAAGUCAUAAAAAUCCAUUUUUUUUUUAAAUCCAUAAAAUGGUCCAAGUGUUCCUGGUUGGGUUGUUCACGUGCUGAACAUUUCAGCAAUUUAUUUUGUAUAAAUAUUUUAUUACUGUAUAAAUAAUAUUGCUUUUGAAGUUUGUAAUAUCUAAUC